ACGGAGGUGCCUACUUGUGCCAAUUGCGCGGUUGAAUGCGAGGUUGACGGUGAAGACCGGAGGGCUUUCGUAAGGAAUGCUUUGCAGAGGGUGGACAGGGCUGAUGGAGGUAUGGCUAAGAUGAGAUGGGUGAAGAUGGGCGGGCAGAUGAGUAGGAGGGUUGUGGGAGAGAUCAAGAGGGUGCCUGCUACGGCCCCUGAAUCUGUCCAGAGCCCGCCGUCCCUAAAUCGGUCACGAUGGUCCAUUCAGGGUCGGACACACACUUCGCAUGCAUUUCGUCUACCAGUUGACGGCGCUUUGGGUGCUUCGGAAGAGCCUGACGACGGUGAAGGGAACCGUGCCACUCCUCUAGAUUCCGUCAUAUACGUCUCGAUUUUCGAUCCCGUUAACGAGCCUAGCUUUAAGCCCAGUCCUACAAAACCAAUCCCUAAGUGGAUGCGGUGGCUUCCAAGCCAGCGAGGUCAAGAUGGCCGUCAACAGACCGAACCUCGGCCCCGUUCCAUCCUUGAUCAAUAUUUCCCUCCUAACCCCAUAGAGCCAGAGCUAGAUAAUUAUCCUAUAUCCAAUUCACCUACUAUUUGUCCAACAAGUCCCUCCUCACCUAACCCGCUCUAUUCAGCAGCGACUCCACGUCCCCCCAAUCGCCUUCGCGCACCUCCAAGUUCCGAGUUUGGUAAACUAACCGAGUCGACUAUCACUGCCCUCAAGGGCCCUUCCUUCGUUCUAGACGAGCCAUUAAAGCGCCCUUCCUCACGGAUGGCCCAGCCAACAUCAGCUAAUAAUCCCAAGCCUACAAAAGCCGACUUCACUCCACUACCUAAUCCGCCGGACCCUCGUAGUCGCACACCAUAUGCCCCCCGGCAGCCGUCGCCACUCAUAAUCCACAAAGGCCAACCUUACAGUAGUAGUAGUAAAGCCGUAUCACGAGAAGCAUUAUUCCCGCGCCGCUCCCCAUCGCCGCUGGCCGAGCAAGUAGCGGCGCAUCUUUUUCAACGAUACGCCCGGCGGACGCCACCCGCGCAAUCGAGGGAGUUUCUCAACACGUACAAGCCCCUCGGACCAUCAUCAUCGAACGCGAGCGCCGCGGUCCCGGGCCGCGGGCAAGGCAGGGUCGUAGGCGACGGACGGCAGAUCUGGAACAUACUCGGCAGGGACCGCACGCCGUCGCCCAGCGGCGGCGGUAGUGCGAGACCGAGACAAGUUGUUACGGAUGCGGGAGAGGUGGUGGAUGUGCGGAGCAUACGGAAGAAAUCGAGUUUGCAGAACGAGAUAAAGAAGUUUUUGAGCGGGAGGGGUGUUGGUAGGGAGUGAGUGAUGUUGUGGGUUUGCGGUGUGGAGUGUAGUGUAGUUGAUGGGUAGGUAUAAAAAGGGAUGGGAUUGGGGAUUUUGAGUAACUAUUAGAUUGUAGGGUUAUUACUUUAGGUACCUGCUAAUGAGAAUUGUUAGACUGAGUGAGGGUUAUGUUAGAGAUAUCGCCUUGUCCAGUGAGUUGAUGGUAAACCGCACAUUACCUAGGUAAGUAGGUAGGGUUUUCUCGGGGCGUAAUCUACCUAUGUUAGGUUGAGACACCAUGAACUGAUGAUGAUAGACGGCGGGUUAUUAAGUUUUGUUAAUAUUGAGGAACAUGCGAGUUUACUGAUUUUAGUUUAUAAUGCCGACGGUAUUAUAUAAAAGAGUAACAUACCUAACAUCUUAAUUUUGGUUUAGGAUGGUUUUGGUUGGUGGAGGUUAACUUCUAAGCUAGUAUACUAUGUAGACCAUUAAGAAAUAAGAGUGCUUAUAUGUAUGAGCUGAACGAUAACAUUAAUUUGGUUUGAUUUUU